AUGCCCACAGUUGCGGAGCUUCCUUAUACAGGGGCUGGCCAGGAGAAUUGGAUGCCCCAGAUCGCCGGCGGCGAGGACGGUGACCGUCUGGGGGGCACGAGGAGAGUCCCGUCUGCGAGGUCACGGCCAUGUGACACAUGCCGGCUGCGGAAGACGCGGUGCGUCAAGGAGGCGACCGAGCUCCGGUGUGUCCUCUGCACGUUCCAUGACCAGCCUUGCACCUACUUACGAGGCCCCACCCGACGACAACGAAGAGGAAACCCGUCUUUCGAAGUUCAAGGUCAGGAACCGGUGCCGAGAAACCCCUCGCGCGCCCAGCCAAGCCCGGAUGAUACAAACAGCUCGCCUCCGGUACCGGACUAUGAAACCAUUGGAUCCGCCCAGACAUCUCCAGCCUCGAGCCAUCAGACGAAUGCAAGGUCCCCCGCAGGCAGUCUCGAGAACAAUGGCAUGCCAACUGAGACCAGACAGCAGCUGUCCUCCGAGCCAAGGCAGGCCCGUGCUGGCAUAUCAGCUCCCAGGCCAAGAAUUCUAAGUAAUACUCUUGGGUUGGAUCUCGAAACUCAUGCCGAAUAUAUCGGUCCUACAGACUGUCGCGAUCCCAUCCUCCUUGAUCUCCAUCGUGCUCAUCAGGGAUCAGAUGAACAUCCCACGGCUCGUCAACCAGCAAUCUCCACGCGCCGUCUGGAUAAUGGAACUGCUUUCCUCGUCCACACUGAUGGAUCGACAGCAUCAGAGUCUCAGCGUAUCCAAGAUCUGGAUGCAAUCGAAGCUGCAAUUCAUCCUCUCGGCCGAACCCUUGUUGACCUCUAUUUUCGUGUCGUGCAUCCAAGCUUCCCAAUCCUGCAUAAAGAUGUGUUCAUCAGCAAGCACCGCGUAUCUCACCGCCACUUUGCACCGUCUCUACUCGCAGCAGUCUAUCUUGUGGCACUAGACUGGCAGUUAUACGACAGCUCCCUUGCUGGACGUGAAUUGGAGUCUAUACCAAAUCCCAGUGCAUUGGAGGAAUUAGCCGAACGCACCAUGGCGCAGGAUAUGCGACGUCCCAAGCUCAGCACACUCGAGGCUGGGUUGCUUUUGUUGCAACGCAAUUCUGCCAGUGCCGAGGCCAGUUCGCACACCCACCCUUCAUCUAGUCGCAUGUUCACUGCACAGCUUGUUGCCAUGGCACAGGAUCUCGGCAUUCACGUGGACUGCACUUCGUGGGAUAUCCCCAGUUGGGAGGUAGGACUGCGUCGCCGGCUGGCCUGGGCAUUAUACAUGCAGGACCGAUGGGGCGCAUGUGCUCACGGACGGCCGUUCCUCAUACAUGAACUCGACUGGGACGUGAAGACCUGCACGGAUGCUGAUUAUCCGGAGCUGGAAGAUGAGACCAAUACUGGGCUAUCCGAUCCUUCUCCCGCGGCAAUUGGAUGGGCGCAAUUCCUGAAACACAUUGAGUUGACCAAAUUCCUUAGCGAAGUCAUGGGGACGUUUUAUAACGCGGCCGUAACGCGCUCUGGUCACAACCCUGAUCGGCUUGGAACCAUAACCAUCGUCGAGUUGGCCAAGCCACUCGUAUUACGCCUACGGGAGUGGUACAGCGGUUUGCCGCAGCAUCUCCAGAUGGAAUACACAAAGGACAGAGAGCUUUGCGCGAACGGAGCCCUCCGCCUGGCCCAUCUAUCAGUCGAAAUCGCUCUCUACCGUGCCCUCAUACGCGCAAUAACCCCAGACACGCCUGAGCAACUCAACUCUGCUCUCCGCUCAACAUCCCGUGCUAAGGUCCAAGACGCCAUAUCUUUGCUUAAGUCGUUACAGCCUGAGCAAACGGCAGCCUUCUGGGGCAGUGCAGCUUCCUACCAAGUGGCCCAGGCUGGCUCCCUCGCCGCAUUGAUGUGGGCUACGGCUCAUGGCUCUGAGGAGAUGGCUUGGUGCGUAGCAAGGGUUGAGGACUUGAGAUGGGCUCUCCGAGUUCGGGCCAAUGCUGCACCGUUUGCGCGAGAGGCGUUGCGGCUCAUUGAGCGGGAUAUUGGUGGCCUAGGUAUUGUUGCUACUUGA